CCAAGGGCACAGGAAAAGCUCAGCACUUGCCAACGCUGCAGUCACACUCAAGAAAGUGUGGCUAGAUUUAACACUGGAGCCCACAUUAUCCACAACACAUCACUGUCCACAUCCGUCCCUCAAGAAGUGUUUCCAGGCCAUUGAUCCUUCAACCCUACGGUGACCUCUGACAGGAAAGUGAAAUAGGAGAAAGGGGAAAUUACAGUUUAAAGAGGCCUCCGUGUAUUGAGCGGCCUGCGUCAUGGCAGCCAUUGAUCUGGAGCGUGGGCUGGAACACAGUGGCCGGGGCUGGGGGCAAGAGAGGCCAGAGCUGAUGGACAACUUCGACUCGGAGAUGCAGGAGUGGGAAGACCAGCUGCAGGACAUCCAGAGAAAAAUUGAAGAGUUGUACAAUGAGGUGCAGGCCCGCAGAGGAGCAAAUGAGAUCACUACUGACAACCAGAAAAAUGGCAGCGAAUUGGAGUGUGGCCUUCGGCACCAUGGCAAUGGUCUUUUUGUGCCCGGCCAUCACAGCAAGAAUCCCCCUGGAGCUAUAACUGUGCCACAUCACUAUAGUAAUGGCCACAACUAUAGCCCUAAGGGGUACAGCUACCCUGUGAAUCAUCAGAAUGGCUUUGGUUACUGCCACACUAACGGGGUUUCAGGGAUCGGAGACUUAUUGCAGGAUUACUUGGGGCAGGAGAAGCAAAUGAGCCGGAAGAACAAUGGAGCUCGCCACGUGCGCUUCAGUGACACAAUCAAGGUGAGCCCGGACAUCCCUGCACACCAAGAUGUGAUCAGAAGAAGUUCUGGAAAUGAACGGCUUGAUCAAGAGCAGUUUUUGGGCAGUUUUGAGGAGACUGAAAACAGGAAGAACCAAGUGUCUCACAUGAAGAGCUCCCCCCGCAGAGAGAGUUCCCCCAACAAAGAAAACACAGGUGCCAAGCCCCCUCUGGGACAAAGGGAUGCUCCACCACGCACACAGUUUCCGACCACAACAGCUGAAUCUCCUGCUCUGGACAGGAAGUCCUUUGGUCCUGCCAUCCUAGGAGAUAGGAAGUGCAGCAGCCCCUCUGUUCUCAGGAAGUUUGGGGCCAUGCUUCAGGAGAAUGAGGGCAAAAUGCUCACUGAGUCAGGGGUGGUGACCCAUCAGGGGCUUGCCCCAGAGCCAAAGUGCCCCACUCCUGGCUGUCAGCGCAGAGCUCUUGGAGCCACUGCAGCCGCCGGCAGGGCGCCCAUACGCGUGCCUACCCAGAAAUGCCAAGCAGAUUCCGAUGUGCUGACAGCAGAUAUAGAGCCCGGCCAAGAAUGGCGGUUAUCAGACUCUGGUAGGCAGAACCACAAGGAUCACAGAGGAGGCUACAGUGGUUCUAAAGGGUCCCAUGCGAGUCCCCAGCAGCCCCAGAGGAGAUCACAGGUGGCGGGGAGCCCAAAGAUUAGACCCAGGGCUAACAGUGGGCCAGACAAAGAUGGGGGACUGGCUCAAGGGGAGAGAGGAAGGAAACCUGCACCCCAACAUGUGGAGCCCAAAAUGGACUACAAGGUCUCAAGUGCUUCUUCUGGAGCUCAGAAGAUACAGAGGGGAGGGUUGGCGGGACAGGAGUUGCCAGGUUGUGGCCGAGUGAGGGAUGAAGGACUUAUGGAGCUGCUGGACAUGCUGGAGAUUCAACAUGAGUACAGCUCCAGUCCCAGAACAGGACACACAGCUUACAGACAGGAUCCACAGGAGGUAAACCCGGUCGACUUGUUCCCAGCCAAACUUAAAAAGAACUUCUCUCGUCCUUCGCGGCCAGCCAACCAGCGACCUCCUUCCAGAUGGGCCGGACGCACCCCUACUGACAGGAUCACCACCCCAUUAGGCCCAAUGUACCGCCCCCCGAGCACCAUUACUCGCCCUUCUAGCCCCAUGUCCAGAACCCCAAGUCCCGCCCUAAAGCACCGGCCUCUCGUUUCCUAUUCUCUUCAUACGGAGACUGUCAUUAUGUGAUACCUUUCCAUUUCAAUGAAGUUUGUUCCCUUCCUCCAGGAACACCCUCUCUCUGUGUAAAUAGUAAGGACAUUUCUGUUAAAAUGCUUCAAGAGAGUUGCAAAGGAACGCUUAAUUUCAUCUUGAUGCCAUGUUCAAGAUAAAACACAUCCAAGACAUUCUCCAGUGUUGCUGUGGCUUUUUGCUUCUUCUGUGCCAACCGUUUGCCAGCACAUCAACAUAUUGCUUUGUUGCAGUUCCCCCCUUAUCCACUUCCCUCUUUUUUGUAUUGAAUGUCAGGUGGUUUCUGUAUGUAAUGAGAUUUUGCAUGUAGCCCUAGUUUGAGGGUGCAUGCUCAUGUGUUCAAUCCUCAUGGCUGCCAGGUUGAGUCAAAUUCAACCUGGCCACCAGUAGGAGUAGUUUAAGUGGCAACUGUGCUCCCAGCAGCAAUCUGCUGUCAACAACUGUUGGCUUUACUGUAUAAUAUUGUCAAAGUAAUAUAAGAUAUUCAAAUAACAGCUGUGACAAAUGACUAUGGUAUGCCUUUAAUGUAUUUUCUUUCUUGGU